AUGUUCGAAUAUCACAAGAACAAAAUAAACCAAAUCAACAGUAUACCAAAUAAUUUGUCCGUGGAAGAAAAUCUUUAUUUCCGAGAUUUCUAUUUGAAAGAUUUUAAGUACAUAAGUCCUGAUGUUGUGAAUUUAAAUAAAAAUAAGAUCAAUAAUAAAGAUGUUGAGAAGGUUGUUAUUAAUGAGAAGCUAGGACCGAAGUCUGUGCUGGAGAAAUGGAUCAGUGAAGUCAUGAAAGGAUUGAAGCAGUUCUUCUAUCAAGGAUCGCUGCAUGGAGUCAAAUACAUCUUCGAGCCUACAUUUGGAAACAAAGAAAAGGCAACAUGGGUGAUUAUCAUGUUCAUCAGCAUCUUCAUCUGUGCCGUGGUCAUCAUCCAGCUGUUCUGCAAGUGGACUUCCACACCCUUCGUUAAUGUCAUCGACUCUGUCCCCACUCCUAUUUGGGCUGUUCCAUUUCCAACCGUCGUGAUAUGUCCCCAUCUACAUGUUAAGAUGUCUUAUGCUAAUGUUUCGGAGCUUCAGGGAAUACAAGAAUUCUUUGCGGCCAUGGUUUGCCCAAGGAUGCCGAAGGAUAAUAAAUAUAGGAGUUCCCGUUUAGAUGAUAUGCAGAUUCAUAUGCUAUUUGAUUUUGUUGCACAGGGAGCUCCAUCAUGUCCAGAAGUGGUGAAAGCUUGCAACUGGCCAGCUCUGCAUGACACUAAAUGGGAGAUGGACAAAUGCUGCGAGCUGUUCCAACCUAUCUUCACUAACUACGGAUUGUGCUUCGCUUUCAAUAGUUUACCACUAAACGCUAUGACCAACGACACCCUAUCUUGGCACAAGACCUUCGACGUAGAUGCGAAGCCAGCAGCUUUAAACUGGGGUCUGGACAUCGGAUAUCCGAAGGUGUUUCCACCAGACCUAACGACGAAGCCUUUAAGAGUUAUGGCGUCUGGAGAAGCUAAUGGCUUAGGAGUUGAGCUGUUUCUCAACAAUACUGAACAUCAGUACGCUUGUGAAGGAAAGAGCUUGGGUUUCACUAUCCUCAUCAGCUCUCCGACCGACCACGUCUACACCAGCACCGUCCUUCGUCUACCAAUGGACAAGAUGACCACCAUCGAAGUCACUCCUCUAACUUACAAAACGGACUCCUCCCUCCGAGCCCUCUCGCCAUACAGAAGGCAAUGCUUCUUCCAAAAUGAGAAACGUCUUCAAUAUUAUGAGUUCUACACUGACAGUAAUUGCAAACAUGAUCUAUUGGUGCAAGAAGCUAGGAAAAAGUGUAACUGCGUGCUUUUUAAUUGGCCUAGGAAAUUCAUCUGGGAGCCUGUCUGUACUACGAAAGAAGAUUUCGUCUGCAUUAGCAGCGUAGAAGCAAAGGUAGAAGAACAGCUUAUUUAUGCAUACUAUGCUGAGAGUGAAGACGAAGCCGGUACAUCUCAGGCUCAGGAGUCUCAGUCUUGUCACCCAUCCUGCAAUGACGUCAUAUAUGCGAGCCAAGUUUUCUACUCAGACCUGACCGCGGAAAUGGAAAAUGGAUCCCAUAAAUGGGGACAUUUAAGACAUGGAGAAGUGACUCAGAUCAAUGUCCAUUUUUACGACGACAUGUUUUUGGGACAACAUCGACAUGCGCAGUAUGAUGACUACUACUUUGUGGGUGCUAUCGGUGGUCUUCUCAGUCUUUUCCUGGGAUUCAGCAUCAUCAGCGUAGCUGAGCUGAUCUUCUUCGUUAUCCUCAAACCUGCUUACGUUAUUUUCAUAGAAUUUAACCAGAUGUAA